UUAUUUAUUCCUGCGAUUUUAUUAUUUCACACACGCGAAAAACGCACAUUUUUGAAAACAACUCUAUUCAUCCCCCCUCUAGAGUUGCACAUUUGUCUAACAAUUGGUAUCGGAGCAGGAAGUUCUUCGAAUACGUUAUUUUUCAGGAACUAAAAGAUCAAAUGGCAUCAAGAAUGUUCAACGCGAGAGUGAACGAGGGACAAUCAACCACGAGGCCACCAUUGUUCGAUGGAACCAACUACUCGUAUUGGAAGGAGAGGAUGAGAAUCUUUAUCCAAUCUAACGACUACAAGCUGUGGUUGAUUGUGAAAAACGGCUGCGGAGUCCCGAUGAAGAAAGUCGGUGAAGUCAAUGUUCCCAAAACCGAAGAGGAGUUCACCGACGAAGAUUGCAAAAAGAUGGAGCUCAACGCCAAGGCAAUAAACAUGAUUUAUUGCGGUGUUAACGCGGAUGACUAUCGAAAAAUCUCGCGGUGUGAAACCGCAAAACAAAUGUGGGAAAAAUUAGAGGUCACCUACGAAGGAACCGCGCAGGUUCGGGAGGCCAAAAUUGACCAUCUCACUCACGAGUAUGAACUCUUUUCAAUGAAGGAAAAUGAGAAAAUUGAGGAAAUGUUUGAGAGACUCUCUAACAUCAUCAAUCCUCUCAAUCUUCUCGGGAAGACAUACACUGACCGAGAGCUCGUGAGAAAGGUGGUUGAAGAGAGGAACAAGAGGUCUAUUGCUCUUCCCGCAACAACAUCAACCCACAACAACGUUGAUGAUGAAGAUGAUGACAGUGACGACACCGACCUUGGACUCUUUGUCCGAAAAUUCAAGAAGAUGAUGCUCAAGAAGGGAGCCAAGAAGAACACUCCACCCAAAUGCUAUGGAUGCUCCAAGCACAUGACCGGAGACGCAUCUAAAUUUAGGAGUUUAGAGUAUUUCAAAGGUGGCAAUGUCGUUUUUGGUGACAACAACAAAGGAAGAAUCAUUGGAAGUGGCAUCGUCGGAAAGGACAAUGCUACAACCAUUGAGAACGUUCUUCUUGUUGAGGGCCUCAAGCACAAUCUUCUUAGCAUUAGCCAAUUAUGCGAUAGAGAAUCGGCGGUAGAGGAGAGUGAGAGGCCAUGGAGUCGUGAAGGGAGCAAGUACAUCCACAUACAAACCGAACUGGCCUUCAACACUGGGGCUUCAGUCGAGAGGUUCCACAACAUCUUCCUCACGAAGGAGAUCGUCUCUCCUAAGAUCGUGAACAAGGACCUCUUCAAAUCGGCGACCUAUGCCCCAAGUAAGUCUCUUUUCUCUCAGCAAGGUUUGCUUCGUUUCAUUCAUUUGACGUAUGAAUUCUUUUGUCCAAAUCUUAUACGUCAAUUUUAUGAAAAUCUUCGUACCACUAAGGGAGACUCGCCAUCUCUCACUUCCUAUGUUGACAGCAAAACCGUUUUCAUUGACGGUUCCGGUUUGACUUCUCUGUUUGGCCUUCGUCGAGGUGAAAUUACCGAAAACUUGGAUGAAACAUUCCAAGAUGAGGCAAUUUGGCGACAACUCGGGUUAGAUCAUCGUGACCUCAAGUUUAGAAAUUCUAGCAACCCGAGUGUCAUUAAUCUCACUUUAAUUCAACGCGUCCAACAAUACAUCUUCUCCUAUGUCUUGUUGCCCCGUGAUUCGAACCAUGGCGUUGUCAACAAGGACGAUAUUCGUUUGUUUCACGUCCUGUUGAACGAUGUCAAGUUUGAUUGGGUUCACUUCUUUAUUGUUGCACUUAGCGAUGGCACUCGUUUUUCCCAUCUCCGUUUUGCCAUCCCCAUUAUGCAUAUCCUUGCUCAUUGCAAAAUAGACUUUACUCGGGACACUCAGGUGCCGGUCAAGAAGACUUGUUUCAUCACUGAAGCCAAGUUUUCCCGGAUCGUGUACCGAGAGGAGGGCGAUGCUGCACCAUAUCUGGACCUAAUAGUCACAGAAGAAGAAGAGAGCCAAAACGAGACUCAAGCUGAGUCAUCUCGAGCCGGAGGAAGUCGAGCCACGGAGCGCGUCACUCGUCAACGCAGGACUCGUCCAAGAAAAGAAGCACCGGAACCUUCUUGGGUGAAGAGGAUCUUCUUCGAUACUCUCACAUGCAUCCGAGAUGACGUUCACCAGCUCCAUGAAAGGAUGACUCGUCUUGAGCAUUCCCGCUCGUACCGUGGCCCGCGUCACAGCUUUAGCGGAGGAGCUCGUCCGGCGAACUCUCUUUGAUUAUAUUCCUUCUCCAUCUUGACUUAUUAUGAUACAUUGUUAUUUGCUAAUGUUAUUGUUUUAUGACUCUUUUGGUGGAUGAUGAUGUUCCUUUCAAUGAUGCUAGUUAAUAUUAAUUAUGAUUGUGUAUUGAUAUCAUUGUUGGGUUGGCAAUAUUGUUCUUGUUUAGAACAUAUUGUCUCUUUGUGGCAUUUUUUACUAAGAGUUCUCUUUUAAAGAAAACUCUUGCCAUUUU